GACUGUGUGGGCUGUGUGUAAAACAGCUGAAUAUCUGCCAAACUGAAAAAUCCCGUCGCUGUGCAGCAUCAUCCGGCCCGGAUAUAUCUUUACAGUUUUCCAUUGACAGGCUGUGUACAGCAUGGCGCCGCUGUAGCGUCCCGCGCGGUGAGGCAGCUGCAGGGAUGGAGCAGGCACACAGUCUGCUGCUGGAUGAGACGGCCUGCAGCCGGCUGGGGGAGCCGCAGAGGGCCGAGUUCGUCUUCGAGUGGCUGCGCUUCCUCAAGAAGCUGCUGCUGGCUGCAGACAGGGCCGAUGUGAAGCAGAACCAGAGGCGGCUGGUGGAGCAGCUGACGCAGGUUCUGCUGGGCUCCCCCGGGCCGCCCACGCGCCGGCUCCUGGCCCACUGUCUCGCCCUGCUCUACAGGGUGGGCGACUCCUUCACCGCGAGCCUCACCAUCGACACCUGCAAUGACAUCAUCCGCAGCAAGGAUGACUCCCCCAGCUUCCUGCCCACCCGCCUGGCAGCCAUCGCCUGCCUGGGCUCCAUCUACGAGCAGCUGGGCCGUCUGCUGGGAAACAGCUUCUCCGAGAGCGUGGGGAACCUCCUCAAAGCCAUGAAGAGCGCCGAGUCUCAGGGACGCUAUGAGAUCAUGCAGAGUUUGGAGAGGAUUCUGCGGGGUCUGGGGGUCAGCGCUGUGUCCUGCCACAGGGACAUCUACAAGGCCGCACGCGCCUGCCUGACCGACCGCUCCAUGGCUGUCCGCUGCGCCGCCGCACAGUGUCUGCUGGAGCUGCAGAGAGAGGCAGCGUUCCUGUGGAGCUCGGAGCUGGAGAACGUGGCCACUCUGUGCUUCCGCGCCUUCCAGGGAUCCCGCUACGACGUGCGCAUGGCCGUCUCCAAGCUGCUGGGCACCCUGCUGGCAGCGGCAGUCACACCCCAACAAGCCACAGCCCCCCGGCAGAAGCGGAGCUCUCUGGAGGAAGUGAUGGAGCUGGUGUCAGGGGGCUUCCUGCGGGGCGGGGCCAGCUUCCUGCGGGCCAGCGGGGACAUGCUGAAGGGAACCAGCUCCGUCAGCAGGGACGUCCGAGUGGGGGUCACACAGGCCUGUGUGGUGUUUGUGUCCUGCCUUGGGGGUGCUUGGCUGGAGGCUAACUUUGCCACACUGCUGCCACUGGUGCUGGAGCUGGUGUCGCACCCGCGGGCCACUCAGACAGCGGCGGACGCGGUGUGCUGCCGGCUCUGCGUCUCUUUCAUACUCCGCGCCACGCUCGGCAGCCUGCUCGGGGAGAAGGCCCAGAUCGCUGCCGCCAAGGAGAUCUGCCACGCCGUGGGCCGACAGAAGAGAGCCGUAGACGCUGCUAUGAAUGAUGGGAAUGUGGAGAUGCGGGUGAGCACCACGGAUGUGGCGGCCAGCCAGCAUGUGCUGGUGUGCUGCCUGCAGGAGCUGGGCAGCCUGAUCCAGGACCUGGGCUCCACGGCCGCACCCCUGCUGCAGGACCCCAGCACAGGAGUGCUGGACACAGUCGCCUCGGUGCUGCUGCACCCCAGUGCGUCGGCGCGUCUGGCGGCAGCGUGGUGUUUGCGCUGCGUUGCCGUGGCGCUGCCAUCCCAGGCGUCGGUGCUGCUGGACCGCUGUGCCGAGAGGCUGAAUGCGCUGAAGUCCUGUCCCGAGGCAGUGUCGGGGUACAGCGCCGCCAUCGCCGCCCUGCUGGGCGCCCUGCAGCACUGCCCCCUGGGAAUUCCCCACGCCAAGGGCAAGCUGGUGCUGGGGCUGGCUGAGGACCUGCUGCGAUCAGCCGCCCAGAACAGCCGGAUCUCCGUCCAGCGCACACAGGGGGGCUGGCUGCUGCUGGCUGCACUCAUGACCCUGGGUCCCACGGUGGUGGAGCAGUUUGUCUCCAGGCUGCUGUUGCUAUGGAGGUGCUCCUUCCCUCAGGCCGUCAGAGACCUGGAGUCAGAGCGCAGCCGCGGCGACGGCUUCACCUGGCAGGUCACGCUGGAGGGCCGGGCAGGGGCACUGUGCGCCAUGAAGAGCUUUGUAUUGCACUGCGGCGAGCUCCUGAAUGAUGAGGUCAUAGGUCGCCUCCUCACACCAUUGGCUUGUUCAGUAGCUCUUCUGACCCAGUUACCUUCUCUGAUAAAGUCCUAUGGAAACCCAAUGAAAACCAUAUCCAUGGUGUUCAAAUGCAGGCUGUAUGAGAUCCUGUCUCUGCUGCCCCCUAGGACAUAUGAAGAGAGCUUUGGGGCAGUCAUGAAGCAGCUGGUCAGUGACCUCACUGGUUCUGAGAACCCUGUGUGUACUGGGUCGGUCCUCCUGCCACCUGUGUGCCACUCUCACGAUCUGUCCCUGCUGGGCCCGGCCUGGCAGGACACGGAUCACCGCUUCAUCGAGGAGCAGCUGCAGCAUGCUGGGAGCGUGGGAGGGGGCAGCCUGGAGUAUGACCCCUUCUGCAUCUACCAGAAGUCCCAGGACAUCCCCACGCCCCUCCCUCCUGCCGCUGCUGUUACUGUGGCGACUGUGCAACUUUUUGGGGUUGUGUUCCCCCACAUCAUUGCCCCUCAGAGGUCGCUGAUCCUGGAGCAGUUCUGUGAGUGUGUGAAGCAGCUGAAGGGCUCACGGCAGCAGACCGUGCAGAUCCACACGGUGGCAGCGUGCUGCUGGGCGCUGAAGUACUUGGGCUCCAGCGGGACGGGGCUGGGCUCGGAGGAAGCACGCAGACCCGCUCUGAUGCUAUUGGUGGGUGCCCUGGAGAGCCCCGCCCCUCUGCUCCGCUGCGCCGCCACUGAGGGCCUUUCCCGCCUGGCACAGGUUGUCAACGACGCCGCCUUCACCGUCUCCAUGACGCAGGUCAACUUUGACAAGCUGAAAUGUGCCCGGGACGCCGUCUCCCGCACCGGCCACGCCCUGGCCCUGGGGACACUCUAUCGCCACCUGGGGGGCAUCAGCUCACCCCAGCACCUGGGUGCCUGCGUGGGGGUGCUCUUCACCCUGUCCCAGGACAGCACCUCCCCUGAGGUCCAGGUGUGGGCGCUGCACGCUCUCUCUCUGCUCAUAGACCUGUCAGGGCCGCUGUAUCUGCCCCAUGCGGAGGCCAGCAUGUCGCUGGUGCUGCGGCUGCUGCUGAGUGCCCCGCCCACCCAUGUGGAGGUGACCCAGAGCCUGGGCCGCUGCCUGACCGGCCUCGUCACCGCGCUGGGGCCGGAGCUGCAGGGUGAGGGCCCGUGUGUUCCUACGCUGCGGACGUCCUGCCUGGUGGGGUGUGCGGUGAUGCAGGACAGCGCCGACUGCCUGGUGCAGGCACAGGCCAUCUCCUGCCUGCAGCAGCUGCACAUGUUCACCCCCCGACACGUCAACCUGGCCAGCCUGGUGCCCAGCCUCUGCGAGGUCUUGUUGGAUUAUUCUGUGUUGGCAAACCUGUGCAGUUCCUACCUGUCCCUGCGGAGGGCGGUAGUGGCCUGCCUGAGGCAGCUAGCGCAGAGGGAGGCAGUGGAGGUGUCGGAGCACGCGGUGGCGCUGGUCAAGGAGCUCCCACGCAGGGACAGCACGGUGCUGGACGUCACCAUCAAAGAGGCCGGCCUGGAGGGGGCGCUCUUCAGCCUGCUGGACAGGGAGUCUGACCCGCAGCUGAGCAGGGACAUCCAGGAGACGCUGGGCCACAUGCUGAGCUCCAUGGCUGCGGGGAGACUGGCUCACUGGCUCAAACUGUGCAAGGAUGUGCUGUCCGCGUCUGCAGACUUCUCCACAGCCGCCGCGGUGGAGACCACCCAGGAGGAGGACGACGGGGAGCGGUCAGACGACGACUCCGCCUUCACCUCGCGGGUUGAGUCCGGCGGCCCAUUCAGCAACCCCCGCUGGUCCACGCGCGUGUUCGCGGCCGAGUGCGUGUGUCGCAUCAUCACCCAGUGCGAGAGCGCCGACCCCGCCCACUUCGACAUGGCGCUGGCACAGGAGCGCCGCCUGCAGGAGUCCACCGACUUCCUGGUUCUGCACCUGGCUGAUCUGAUCCGCAUGGCGUUCAUGGCGGCGACGGACCACAGCGAGCCGCUGCGUCUGGCAGGACUACAGACCCUCCUGCUCAUCAUCCGAAAGUUCGCCCCCGUCCCCGAACCCGAGUUCCCGGGACACGUCAUCCUGGAGCAGUACCAGGCCAACGUGGGUGCAGCCCUGAGACCCGCCUUUACCCCGGACACACCCCCCGAUGUCACUGCUAAAGCCUGUCAGGUGUGCAGCGCUUGGAUGGCCAGCGGGGUGGUGACUGACCUCAGCGAUCUGCGGAGGGUGCACCAGCUGCUGGCCUCCUCCCUCCUCAGGGUGCAGGCGGGAAAGGAGGUGCCCAGCCAGCUGUACAACGAGAGCACCUCCACCAUGGAAGCGCUGGCUGUGCUGAAGGCCUGGGCAGAGGUGUAUAUCGUGGCGGUGCGGAGCUCCAAGCUGCCAGACCUGGGUCCCAGCCAAUCAGAGGAGGGGGCGGGGCCAGGGCCUGGAGGGGACGGGCUGCUGAGGCUGGUGCAGGCGGACCUGCCAACCCUGAGCCGGCUGUGGCUGGCUGUGCUGCAGGACCACGCCCUCCUCACCCUCCCCGCAGAGUAUUCUUCCCAGCUCCCAGCCGCAGGAGGAACGUUCUACACGGCGGAGACGGUGACGCAGGCCAGGCCUCACUACUGCAGCUCGUGGGGGCCCAUCCUCCACGCCGCCACUCUGUGGCUCAGCAGCACCGGCUUCAUCGUGGUGGACGAGGGCCCCGCCAACCUGUCCCGCCCCGUCACCCCCACCUCCAUGGGCCAGUCCACCUCGCUGGCCAGCGUCACGUCCCCCGAGGACGUCAACACCGAGCGGCUGCACCUCAUUCUGGGCCUCAGCGUGGAGUUCCUGUGCUCCCCGCGCUCCGACGCGCAGAUGGAGAACAUCACUUCCUGCCUGCACGCCCUGCAGGCUCUGCUGGACCUCCCCUGGCCCCGCUCCAAAAUCGGCAACGAUCAGGCGCUGAGUGUGGAGCUGCUGAGUGUGCUGCACAGGCUGAUCGUGACGCGGGAGUCGGCGGCGGUGCAGGACGCUGUGCUGCAGCUGGUGCGCCAGGUGGUGUGCGCAGCCCAGGAGCACGUGAGGGAGAAGAGGCACAGCGCGGAGGUGGACGACGGAGCGGCGGAGAAGGAGACGCUGCCGGAGUUCGGGGAGGGCCGGGACACUGGUGGGCUUAUGCCGGGGCGCUCGCUGGUGCUGGGGGCGUUGGAGCUGUGCCUGUCUGUGCUGGUGCGCCGCCUCCCCCAGCUCAGCCCCAAGCUGGCCGGCAGCCCCACGGGGCAGGGGGGGCCGCCCCGCCCCCUCAGCCCCAGCGACUGCGGCCUGGUGGCCUCCGCCCUCGCCGUCCUGGCUGACCUGCCCUCCAUCUGCUCCCCUGAGGGCAGUGUGUCCAUCCUGCCGACAGUGCUGUACCUGCUGAUGGGGGUCCUGCGGCAGGCAUUGCGGCCCCCCCUCGGGGAGGAGCGGGGCGUGGUGGUGGGCGGGGCCCUGCAGGCACUGCGCACGGUGCUCUCCUCCCCCAUGGCCCGCGCUGAGAAGAGCCGGGGGGCGUGGUCCCACCUGCUGCGCUGUGCCCUCAGCACCCUGCUGGACUGCUGGGAGCCAGGGGAGGCGGGGCUCGGUGUGGAUGAUGUCAGUCUGCUGACGGCGCUCACCAUCUUCCUGCUCUCGGCGAGUCCUGAGGUCACCACCGCGCCAUCAGUCCAAACGCGCUGUAUCAGCCGAUUCAGGGCCAGCCUGGAGUCCAAGGACCCUGCGGUCCUGAGCCGCUGCUUCCAGCUGCUGCUGUCGGUGUUCCAGAGCCCGGCGCGGGGCGUGGCCGUGCCCUUCAUCCAGGCGCUGGGCGGGGCGCUGCUCAGGCAGCUGCAGGGCGUGGAGAAGCGCAGGCCACAGAGUGCAGACGAGCUGCAGGCUGUGCAGGAUGGGGUGCGAGUGCUGGAGGCGCUGGUGUCUGCGGCUGACCCAGAGCACCGUCCCCAGCUGGUGGCGGUGUUGCUGCCCAUCCUCAUCUCCUUCCUGCUGGAUGAGAAUGCGCUGGCCUCGGCGCCCCCGGCCGCCCGCUCCCUGCACGACUCUGCUCUGCGCGACCUCAUGCGUCUCGGGCCCCAGAACUCCGCCGUCUUCAAGGCCCUCAUGACCUCUGCACCCUCCAUGAAGGCGCGGCUGGAGGCCGCGGUCAAGGGCAACCAGGAGAGCCUGAAGGCCAAGACGGCCCCGCCCCCGGCCACCAGCAAGAGCUCUCCCAGCAUCCAGCUCAAGACCCACUUCCUGUGACCCCAGCCUCUAGCUGAAGACCAAUAUCCUGUGAUCCCACAGUUCAAUUAGUGGCCUUUAGAGAGAGAGAGAGGGAAGUCAUACACAUGUAUACAGAAUCACUUAACUAUAGAACGCUUACACUGUAACAACACUAAAGGCGCAGCACAAGGUUUGGACUAGAUUCAUGCCGCUUGCCUGCCUAAAAGAAGGUUUUUUGACCUUUUGUUCAUGUUUAUGUUACCUUUGUUAGUGUGUCGCUGUUUGUCGGAGUUGCAUUAACCUCUGUGAGGAAACACCAGAGUGAAGUCGCUCGGCGCAGCAGAGGAAAUGCGAAAGCAGGAAGUCAUGCAGAGACCAUGCCCUGAGGGCUGCUGGGUUUGUAGUUCGUAGUCCUGGAUUUGAAGUACGAAACAACUGGCUCAGGUGUUCUGGGUCGGUUGUAGAGUGCUGUCAUAUGAGCAUGGCCUUCACACCCUGCUGUACCCCCCGCCAGCAUGCUGCACACUUCUCCCAGCCAUUUCUGUCACAUUGUAUUGGCUGCUGUAAUUAUUUUACACAAAACGCCACACGCUGAGUGAGUUUUGUGUCGCUAGCGCGGAAGCUGUGGGCAGAGGCAUCCACACAGAUCCCUGUCACAAAGUGAAGGUGUGACUCACGAAAAGAGCUGAGGACACACCAGCGCCCCACACCCAGCGCCCAUAGGGUGCCAGUCUGCACCCUGUUUCCGCGGUGAUCUGAUUGUUAAAGUGAACAGUGCCUAGCCUGGGCCCAGUCUCACCUUCACUCCCUGAGUCUGCACACAAAACAGCCCUCACUCCCUUACAACCCCACUGACCUCAGAACAGCCAUCACUCCCUCCCAACUCAGUAAUGCAGUGCAUCCUGAGGCACAACACUGACCUCAGAACAGUUUAGCAUAAGCUGGUGUUGUUUGACAAGUGCCGUCCUCAUCAGGAAAAAAAUGCAAAAAAUGAAUUUGCCUCAAUGAUGCUGAGCAAAGUGGCCAGUCAGGUGUGCAGAGAGAUGCACAGAUUCUCCGCCUCGCCUGCUUCACCUGCCUCAGUCUGAUGGCCUUUACUGUACAGACCGGAGGUAGCCACUCCAUCUCAGAGACAAGCGUGUGAUCACCACAGCAAUACGGUUUCUAACAUGGUGAUCACCAGCAACCAAGAGCAGGUUAAUACAUGCAGAUUUAACAGAACAAUUCUAAAAACAAUAGAUUAGUGAGCCUUAUAUUUCACAAACGUUAUCCUUAAACAACAUGAUUACUCUGGACUCUAAAGUGCUACUCAACAAUCAGUUAAUGAUCAACUAGGAUGCAAUCGAAUUUGAAUGUUGCCACAGUCUGACUGUGUUUAUGAUUUUAGUUUUUAAAUGAAGCUUUUCUUCUCAGUCUGCUGAAAGUCAUGGUUUGCUCUUCAGGAAACAGCGGUAGAGAAACAUGUUUCACACAGGUGCUCUGAAAGGGAUAUCAUGAUCUGAAUGUUGUACUCUGGAUGUGAUGUCACUGUUGGACACGCUCUUGUGAUGGUAUGGAGGGUAUGUGAGUAAGGAUUAUUAGAUGGUUUUUAGAUAGUUGCUGACUCGUUACUUCAGGAAUAUCCUGAGUCAGGCAGGGGGAGGGUGCAUUCGGCCUGUAGGGGAUGCCAUGUCUCAGUGUGAGCCCAGGGUUGGGAUAUGUUUAAAGGGAGGGGUCCAUCAUGUCCCCCUUCACUGCCCCACCCCCACUGUGUCCAGCUUUUAAGCACUUUUAUCGCUGUGAGAACUAUGUAAGUUAUUGCAGUAUUUGUAGGCUGUACACCUUUGUACAGA